AUGCUCCACACACUUUUUUCUAAAACUCAACUUGAAUACUGCAACUAUCACCUCCACAGAGCAGCUCCCUCCACUGGGAAAAGCUAUCCCCUUUCUAUCUCCUUCUCUCACAUGCAAGUACAGGAGUCGAUCCCGCAGUACCAGCUUCUCCAUGGUGAAAAGAAAAUACUUGAAACCGCAAACGGAAUCGUCGUUGUCACUCCAACAAACUUGGUCUAUUAUAGUUACAACUCCUCUAAUGGAACACUGCACUACCAAUCACAGAGGCAAUUGGUGACUCGUACUGUAAAGUACUUAAACCAUUGGGAUGCACUCUUUGUCGAAUCAGUUUCCAAAGACAGGUCUUCGACAAACAUCAUCUCAUACCAGACCAUGGCCAACACCCCCAACAUCAAGUUGUUGCCAGAUACACACCAUUGGCACCGCUCCAUAUGCGGAUACACAUUCAACCGUAUCAGCUACACCAAACUACACGAGACAUCACCCUCUUCCUCUUUGCAGCCGGUAUCCUCAAUGGCCAUUGUCUAUUCUACCCCUAUCGAAAAUGUGUCUCUCCAGUACUCAUCAUCCACACAUUCGAUAUCCAUAGAUAGUAGCUCCAUCGCCGUGUUCACUUUCGAACCAAUCCAAAUAUUCACAGAGUGUCUUAGUGAUCAGGGGAAAAUUAAUAGGGAAAGUAUAGCCCCAAAGACAACCUCAUUUCUUUCUUCCUCCACCUCCCCGCUAUUCCACUUCCAGCUUUUGGAAUUCAAAGCAUCCCAUUUGAUAGUUUCCAUCUUCGAUACUCUGCAUUAUUCAGACCUAAUCGAAGAUCGCAUUUAUCCACCUUUCCAAUUACAGGGGAACAUCACCUGUGCUUCGAGAAUGGAAAACUCCAACUUCCUCAUUGCCGUAACAGACGUUGGUGGGGUCUUCCAACUAAAUAUCAAAACCAAGUCGAUUACCCCCCUCUUGAAUACCCCUCUACCCAUAAUAGCAGACCAAGUCAACAUAACUACCAAGCAUAUCAUCCUACAUGGUCAGCAUACGGGGUUGUUGACCAUCGACAGAGUGUCCCAUCAAACAGGAUACAUCCAUAAUACCCUUCACAGAUUCGAUCAGUCCAAUCUCUUCACUGGAAUAUCAUAUGCAUAUUCAACAGAUUCAAAUGACCUUGUCAUUUCCUUCACUGAUGGACAUAAUAGCAUCCUGGCCAAAGAGACAAACAACAUCGACGUCCUUCGUCUACAUCCACACGGUGGGCAUUCGUUGUUGGGGUUUGUCGAUAAUCACCGCUUUUUGACAAGGUCAAAUAAUAGGUAUUACCUUAACGGAGAGGUGCAGACUGAUUUGCAUGACGAUGUUUGCGCAGUCGCCCCUAAUAUUAGAAUCUACAGAGACUCAAUUGAGUAUCUUGAAGAUGAAGAGGAAAUCCAGGUCAUAAAUAAAGGUACCGUUGGUGCCCUUAGUAUCUCUAAAGAUGCAUCCAUAAUAUAUACAGAUGCGAGGUUGUUGGUCAUUAUCCACCCCUAUCCAAAAGGUGGCUAUUCUUUUUGUGAAAUACCAUUCACACCUUUGAAUAUUAAAAGGCUAUCCAACUCAGAAUGCCACCGAGAUGCUAAAAUUGAUGGUAUCGAUGCAGAAGAACUUCUACAAAGUUAUGCACUAUUCAACGAAACUAAGCUGCUCAUUGGUUCGCUUUCAAUUCCUUGGAGCCCUGAAGAUCCCAUUAAAGAUGUAGAACGUGUUCCUAACUCCUUGAAUAGGUUGUAUGUCCUCACUUAUUCUGGCUCCUUAUGGGAAUUCAACUCUGUCACAUAUGAAUGUGUUCUCAUCUUGCAAUCGCUGAAAAUAAAAUUCUUGACAUCCUUGGGGAAGGCAACGAUAGUUGCCAUUGGUAAUACCUUGUCAAUCGUAAACUAUAAAAAUUCAAAUAAACUUGAGGAAAUUUACAAAUUUGAUGGUGAUGUAUUAUCAUACAUGAAAACAAGUUCUUCUGAAACAUACAUCUCGGUAACGUCGGGACUGUACCGUAUAACAGAAAGUGCAACCCCUCGGUUUCAUGAGUUUCCUAUUAGCGGCAUCGUUAAAGAACGAAUCCAAUAUUCUGAUUCACUAUCUCUCAUCUAUUCCCAAUCCCAGCUUGCUCUUUACAAUGAUAAAAGUGCAGAAAUUUUCAGUAUUUUCUCCGUUCCUGAUAUCUACCAAGUCAGGCUAGAUUUGGAACUCAAUCCUUUAACUCCAACAAUUAUCAUAUCCACAUUUACGCUGAACCAAACAUCCUUCUUGAUCCAGUUAGAAUAUAGGAACCAUUCGUUCCAACUAGUUAAUUACAAACCAAUAGAUACAUAUUUCCCCAUUCAUAUCGAACCUUAUUAUGGGAAGUAUUAUUCGGGAUUACAUGUUUCUUCCUACAGGGCGGCAACUACAAAGAGAAAGACGGAUUUCUCAAUCACACAAGAGAUAAAAACAGAUAUGACGUACGAUUUACAAAAUAAACGUCUUCUCUAUAUAUCAAGAGGAAACCGAUUGGCCGAGUUAAGUCAAAAUUCUCGGUCCUUCAAGAGGGGGGUGAGGCGGAUCUUUACAAAUCAAGAUGGGUUUAUAUAUCUUGUGGAUGAAGAUAAUGCCAUUUCCAUAUACGAGGAUAAACCUCAUGUGAUUUCAGGUAUUGAAGAAGCAUCCUCUGUUGGUGAAUAUGUAUGGAUCAACGAUCACAGUGGCCAAAUUAGCGAAAAGCCAACGAGAUUCAAGCCAGGUGUUUUGGGAUUCAUGGUUGCCGGGCUCAAGCUAGGAGUUACUUGGGUCCCAGAUGAAGAAGAGAAAGUAAUACUAAAAAGAAGAAAAGAAAAGAGAGAAGACAUUCGUGGAUUAGGGAGUCCGAAUAGCAGUGAAACAGAGUCAAGCUCUGAUAUGAAUUCCGACUCAGAUUCUGAUACCUCUUCUUUGGACUCAGGUUCAGCAUCAUCGGAUGAUGAAACCGAACAAGGAUCCCAGGAUGAUGCGAACUGA